CCUAGAGCCCCCACAGCCUUGGAAGCUUGCUCCCGCUUCCUUUCCCCACUAGCUGGCCCCGUCCUCCGAGGUCUCGCCGGCGCCGCGGCCGCCCUCCCGGGCCUCUUGACCGUGCCGUUCCUGUCCUCUGGUGAAGGCCACCAGGUGCGGGCCUCGGUCCACAACGCAGGUGGUAGGAUCACCAGCCCCAUUUCACAGGACAGAGCAUCCCAUGGUUUGCAGAUGGCCGGGCCCCAGAAGACUGUGCUCACCCUUGCUCAGAGUGAAGGGGUCCAGUCAGCCACCACUGUGCCCAUCCUCUUGCCCAAGCUGAAACUCAGCUUCUUCAACGAUCCCCUGCAACAGGGGCUCCCCCGGCCCGCCCGGCGGCUCUGCAGCCCUACCUCAGCUCCAACUCCCAAAUUGCGGAAGAAACCCAAGAUGCAGGCAGCCAGAGACGUGUUCCCCACCAACUGGAGCCCACCGCCUGUAGAGUUCCUGAUCCCAGGGGUACUGCAGGUUGGCCAGGAGGCCACAGCCCAGAGGUGUGUGGGUGAGGUGGGCCCCCAGGGCCUGAUGAGACCAGCUCAGUGGCCACCCAAGGAGUUGGAGCAGGAGCCCCUGGACUCAGACCCCAAUGAGAGCCUGGACUCACUCGAGGAGCUGUUCUGGAACAUGGCAGGCCCGACCCUGCAGGCCACGGCCCCAGAGGUGGAUGCCAGCACCUCGCUCACCUCCAGGGGCUCAGAAAGUUACGUCAACAACUUAGAUUACUUACUGCAGGAGAAGAGGGAGCAGGCCCUGGAGCAGGAGCGAGAGAAGCUACUUCUGCAGGACUGUCCUGGUCUCAACUCCUUGGGUCUUGAUGAAGAUGAAGUGCCACUCACACCCGAGCACAGGAUGCUGGUGGAGAGGUUCUCCAUGUCAAUGCAGGACAUCCCGCCAGUACAUCCAGGCGAGACUGUGUUUCUGCUCAGGCAUCACCCCCUGCCAUGCAUCCUGGACUGUUCACACCUCAAGCCACACAGCCACCUGGAAGGGCUCUUCCUCAGCGCACCACCAGCCCAGCAGCUCUCCUUCCUGCACAGCGGCCUCCUGAGCAACCUCUACCUGCACAUGCCUGACUGCCCGGUGCCCCUGCUGCAGUGGCUGUUCCAGCUGCUGACAUGGCCUCCAGAAACUUCUUCGGGAGCCUUUGAUCUUCUGUGGGAUCUCAGCGUGGAUGGGCUCUUCCAGCAGUCUGAUGAAGACAUGCGCUUGUGGUGCCCCUCACUGCAAGAGGUCAUGAAGGUGUUCCACAGCCUGGGAGCCCACAGCCCUGCCCUGUACCCCCUAGGGCCCUUCCAGCACGGUGGCAGAGUGCCUACAUGUGAGGCUGACCUGAGCUGGGAUAAGCAGCAGGACACUCCCCAGGAGGUUGCCCUAGACAUUAGCCUGAACUACAUCUAUAAGUUCCUGAUGCUGUGCACCCUGGCCCAGCCAUGGGCCUACACUGACAGGGACCUCUUGGGCCUGAUCGAGCUGCUGUGCCACACAGGCCUGGACGUGGGGCUCCGCCUGCUGCCCAAGACUGAUCUCCAGCAGCUCCUGCUCCUGCUCCUCGAGAACAUCCAGGAGUGGCCGGGAAAGCUCCAGCAGCUGUGCUGUGGCCUGAGCUGGGUGUCCAACCACCACCACAACCUGCUGGCCCUCGUGCAGUUCUUCCUGGACGUGACCUCCCGGAGCAGGCAACUUCGAAGCCAUCUCAGCCUCGUGGUCAUUGCCCGAAUGCUGGGCCAGCAAGAGACGCUGCCUCUCUGGCAAGAGAAGACCCAGCUGUCUUCACUCAGCCAGCUCCUGAGCCUUAUGAAGCCAUCAUCCCUCAGGCAGUACCUGGGCUCUGAGCCCUUGCCACCCUGCCAGGAGCAACAGCCAAAGGCCAGUGCCGAGCUAGACCACAAGGUCUGCUACCUGAGCCACACCCUCCUGACACUGGCUGGGGUGGUGGUCAGCUGCCAGGACAUUACUCCAGAACAAUGGGGUGAGCUGCAGCUGCUGUGCAUGCAGUUGGACUGUCACAUCAGCACCCAUAUCCGGGAGAGCCCCCAGGCCAUGCACUGGACCAAACUCAAGGACCUGGCUGCCCAGACCUACAUCCGUUGGCAGGAGCUACUGACCCACUGCCAGCCCCAGGACCAGUACUUCAGCCCCUGGAAGGACAUCUAAAGGAGCAUGGUCAGUGCAGCCCAGGGCUCAGGGAACUGGAGGAGGUGACGAGUCAAGGCCCAGAUGCUGACCAGCCUGAUGAAGGAAGAGUCUGCCUCCGCCACUGCCCCGACCCCCACUCAUCCAGGGAUGGACCUCUCCAGUCUGGCCCACCACUCCGCUUUCCUUCCCUUCCUAGCCAUCUCCGCUUCGCCAAGGCCUUUGUCUCCAUAGCUCUGGUUUCCCUGGGCCUCAAAGGCCUCCAGGGCUUCCUGGACUUCAGUCCUUCCCACCCUCCUUCCUCUCUCUGUCACUACUGUGAGGUUUCUUUGUGCACAUUAAAGUCUUAUUUCAGCAUCA